GGCAGGUCGACCGGAGUGAGUCAACGGGGUUCAUUCACUUUUCAAUAGCUCCCAUCAUGUCUGCAUCGUCGUCCUGUGCCGCCACGCUCUCCCACGGCACUGUAAAACGCAAGAAGGCCGUGUACGCCAAGGACUACCUCCUCGAGUACGAACAGAAUCGCCUCCGGGUGUUGGCCGAGCAGCAAGCAUUCUUUCAGCGCACCCGCGAAUCACACAUGAUCUCUCGCAAAGAGCACCAAAGGGAGAAGCGAAAUGCAUACCAACGCGAGCGCCGGCGUCUGAAGAAGCUCAAGGAAUUGCAACUGGCAGACGACGAACGCGAUUGCUGCAGCAGAAGCACAUCGUCCACGGCGUCCGAUACAUCCGACCACUUGAACAAGUCGACGUCUGCAAAGCCCAUCGAACUCAGCAUUUCGUUCUUGCUGAACCCGUGACUCCUGCACACCAACACACUUAGAACACCGCUCCCACGCGGCUACGUCCUGUUAUCAUUAUUAAAGCAUCCAUCUUCACUCUCUA